GAGGCGGCAGGGUGGAUGGGCCGGGUGGCCGGCUCCUUCGGGACCAGCGCCCUCCGCCGGCCCGGCCGAGACCCCCAACCCCCACCCCGUGCCCAAAGACCCCACCCUGGAGCUGUGCGACCCCGUCGCGCUCUCACCGCCUGUCCCGUGCAUUUCGCUUCCUCUAAGGCCCCCCGCUCCUACCGUCGGCUUGGGUCUCAGGGACGCGGACUCCCAGCCUGAGGGCCCUGAUCUGCCCCCGCCCCAGUUUCGCUUGGUUAGGGCCGCUCCCGUCCUGCAUCUUUUCAUCAGCUUCCCCGGCCUGCCCCGGGGACACUUGUGAAGGGAAGUCAGGGGUCGGGCUGCAGUCUCUGUUUUCCGGAGCCUCUUGGAAAGCCCAGGAGACCCCUCCCAAGGGCCCAGGCCGACCUGAGCGGAAGAGCCCCGAGUUCACCCCCAAUAUCUGUGCCUGGAGGUAACAGGUUCCUCCUUAUUGUACAGUUCACAGCCCUGGGAACUACACCCCUUGGGAAAAAAGAGAACUAAAGUCAUGUGUAAGGACUGUACUUGGAGAAUGGCCUCUGGAGAGGGGAAGUGCCCGAGACACCUGAGCAUCCAACAAUGUUUCCAAACAAAGAGCCCCAGGGCACUUCCUCCAGGGAAUUCUGAAAACUUCUGCUCCACUAGGGGGAGGAAGAAGCUGCACAGACUCACCUCUUGGCCCCAGAGACUUGCCUGAUCCCAGCUGAUCUUUUAAUUCUCCUGUGCAGCUGCGGAGCUGUCUCUGGGACCCCUCAGUGAUGGGUUAGACUAGAUGUUAGUCAUGAUUGACGGCCUACAGCUUUUAAAGAGAAGCCUGGGACAACUUGGGUCUUCCCAGACAGCUCUAAAUGGGCUGUACCAAAGUCGUCUUCCAAGCCCUAGUUAGGACAGUUCAGAUCUCUAGGGUCCGCUUUAUUAACCAUCUUACUCGGAGUCAUUGGCUCCCAGACCUUGGGCUCUUGGUCUGGCUGCCUGGCGCCAGGCUGCCUGAUUGCCUUGAGAUGUAUUAUUAGUACCUGCUACUCAUCUUUUUAGUUUCUGUUGAAGGAGAGUCUGGCUUUUUCCCUGGGGUUGGUCUCCAUGGCUCUAGUGCUAGGAAUUGGACCUCUGAGUGGACUGUCUGGGAACUCUGAAAGCAGAACUUCUGGUGGGCAGGGAGGUCCACCCCUGGGCACCUGAACAGCAGCAGCUGUAGGAACAGAGAUCGUCAUGGACUUUGGAUGUGCCAAGCGCUGGUUUGCGGAUACCCAGGCAGAUCUGCAGUGCCUAAUGCCAUGAGCGUGGUGGUGCAGCAUGUGGAGGAGAAAGCUGUGCACUCCUGGUCGCGGAUCUCCACGGCAGGGAAGAAGGCCCUGGAGGAAGCGCUGCUUGUCUUUAACCCCAUGAGCCAGGAUCUCAGUGCCACUGAGGCCCAGCUUGUGGCCUUCCUGCAGGGCUUGCGGGAUGAUGGCUUCCAACCUACCAUCCUGCGCAGCGGUGAUGUCUAUGGCUAUAGUUCGUGCACAGCCAACCCCCCAAGCCAGACAAAGCUUCAAGCUCGUGCCCCCACCCCAGCUGCCACAUCACCUCCAGCCAGUGCUCCCCGAACUGCCAUGCGGCUGCCUGCAGGCCGGGCCACGCUGCUCCCCAUGCCACUGUCUGGCAGGCUGGCCAAAGCAUCCACACCAACUCUCGCCAAGCAUGCCACCACCAACCUGCUACUGAGCUCCCUGAAGCAGUCAAGUGCCAGCCGUGCCCGGGGUGCAGCAGUGGGCUUUCCCACCCACCUCUAUCCAGGUGUCUACCCUGCCAUGCGGCUCUCCGUUGUCCUUGAGGCCCUGGUUCCACUCAAGACUCCCAUGCCCUGCUUGGGUGCCAAGCACAAGGCACAGUCACUGCAGCUCUCACUUGCAGACUCUCCCCUGAAGCUGCGGAAAGGUCUAGGGAAGAGGCUGGGGAAUUCCCAGCCCAAAGCUCCCAGAAAAGCCACAAGCAAGGGCUCCAAGUGUCUGACUCGAAGAGGCCCCAGGGCUGGACCCCGACAAGGCACUGGGCCCCAGAGCAAGACCUACAAAGCCUCUGGUUCCCUCAGUGGCCCACGAAUGAAAGGUGGCUGUGCUCUGGGCACCAAAACAGCCCAGGCCAAAGCUUCCCGUGCCCAGGCCAAGGUGGCUCGAACACAAGCCAAAGCUGCCAAGGCCCGGGCAGAAGCCAAGGCAGCACGGAUCAAGGCCAAGGCCAAAGCCAAGGCAGUGCGGGCCAAGGCUAAGGCCAAGGCAGUGCAGGCCAGGGCCAAGGCCAGGGCAGUGCGGGCCAGGGCCAAGGCCAAGGCAGUGCGGGCCAGGGCCAAGGCCAAGGCAGUGCGGGCCAGGGCCAAGGCCAAGGCAGUGCGGGCCAGGGCCAAGGUGGCUCGGACCCAUCCCAGGGGCAGGGGCAGGCCAAAAAGGUCUGUUCAGGCCAGGACUGCAAGGAGGGGCCGGAAAAGCUGCCCUGAGCCUGUGGGACAGAAGAGGAAAAGGACUGAGGAGGCAAAGGAUCUUCCUCCCCAGAAGAGAACACGGCUUGGGCCCCAAUCCCCUAAGGUAUGGCUAGGACCUGGAACGGCAAAGCUGCUGAAAUUCCGGGCCAUCAAGGUGGACAGGCAGUCCUCAGAUGAUGAGGUGCGGCUGCAGGCUCAACGGAUCCUCCGUGUGAACCUUUCCCCUGUAAUACGACUUCAGCCAUUGUUGCCAUACUCAGCACCCUGAUUCCUUCACGUAGCAACGUUUGGGGAAACUGAGCCCAGUUGUCUGUGUGGCCAGUGGCACAGUGUGCAAUGCCCAUGGAUUCCACAACCCUAAAGACUCUGGGUGCCUCUCCAGGGCCCUGAGAGCCACCAGCCUCCUUUCAGAGACUGGAGGAUGU